UAGUUAUCGUUAUCGCUAUUGCACAUGUUGAGUUUGUUUUGAUGCAGUUUGAAAUAUUCACAUCUUGUUUAUUGAAGUAAAAUGGCUUAUGUUGCACUUAGUGAAGCAGAGAAAACAUUUAUCUUGCACGGCGUAGAGGAGGAUUUCCGCUGUGAUGGACGCUCUCGACGCGAUUACCGGCCCAUGGAACUGGAGACUGGUCUGGUCAGCAAUGCCAGCGGUUCGGCACGACUCCGGCUUGCAAACACAGACAUCUUAGUGGGUGUCAAGACAGAGAUUGAUGUGCCUAAUCCACUGACGCCAGAGUUUGGCAAACUAGAGUUCUUUGUAGACUGCUCUGCAAAUGCCACACCUGAGUUUGAAGGACGCGGCGGCUCAAAUCUUGCGCAGGAACUCAUACUGUCACUGCAGAAUGCCUACGAAUCACCCUUGGCUUUUGACUAUCGCACUUUGUGCCUGAUACCAGGGCAACAAUGCUGGAAACUUUACAUUGAUAUACUGAUACUUGAAUGUGGUGGCAAUCUGCAUGACGCCGUUUCCUUGGCUGCUAAGGCUGCGCUUUACAACACGAAACUGCCCCGUGUGACGGCAACGCUUUUGGAUGCCGGCAUUACGGAUCUAAUCAUCUCGGACAAUCCAUAUGACUGCACACGGAUUGGUAUUGAUGCAUUGCCCCUGCUUGUCACCGUGUGCAAAAUUGGUGACUACUGUCUGGUGGAUCCAACGGCCGAGGAGGAAGUCUGUAGCACUGUCAGCAUGGUGGUUUCCGUCUCUAUGCGUCAAGACACACCAUACCUCUCUGGCACUCAUAUGACGGGCGGUGGCUCAAUGCAUCGCGAUACCAUGCUAAACUGCAUCCAAUUGGGUCUCUCCAUGGGCGAGCAACUGAAUAAACUGCUGCUCAAGAUGCUGCAGUCAGAGGAAACUCGCGUGGGUCCCAAGCGACCCAAAACCGUUGGAUUUCUUAAAUAAAUCAGUCUUACUUUAUGGUAUGAAAAUUGUGUUUAAUUAAUAUAUUUCUUCUUGACAUUUUUUGACUAUGAAUGGAACAUGAAUUCUCUAACAGCUAAUGGCUGCUUCAAUUACUUUACUAUGCUUAAUUGCGUUUCUUGGUUUGUUUGCUGGCUGCAACUGGCUUCUUUUCCUUGGGCUCGGGUUGUUUCCCCGACAGCAAUGAGGUGAUCAUCUCGCUGAUUUCAGGCAUGUCGUUGGUCAUCU